CUGUGGCGGUCGCGACCCAGCGGAACCAGGGACGGCCCGGCCCGGCCCGGCCCGGCCCGGCCGCAGAUGGUGUGACAUGGCGGACGAGAAGCCCCCCCAGCUGGUGGAUUACUUCGUAGUGGCCGGGCUGGCCGAGGCGUCGCGGGCGCUGGAGGAGGAGCCGGCACGGCCGGCGCGGCCUGCGGAGCCCAUCACGGACGUGGCCGUGAUUAUCCGCUCCCAGGGCGAGGAGGUGCCCCAGGGCUUCACCUGCAUCGAGACCACCACGUCAGGCCACCCCGUGGACCUCAACGCGGGGCUGCUCAACAACCCCCAGAUGUUCCUGUGCUACAAGCGCGGCAGGGACAAGCCCCCCCUCAUCGAGCUGGGGGUGCACUACGAGGGCAAGGACCGGCCCAAGCCGGGCUACCAGAUCCUGGACACGACCCCCUACAGCCGCUCUGCCAACCUGGCCUCGGGCUCCCCAGGUCACCAGCGCACGUUCCUGACGUUCCGGCGCGCGGCCGAGCCCCCCGGGCACCACAGCCUGGGCGUCACCGACAUCUGCCUCGUCAUGCCCAGCAAAGGGGAGACCACCCCCCACACCUUCUGCCGCGUCGACAGGAACCUUAACACCAGCAUGUGGGGCCCCGCCCUGUUCCUGUGCUACAAGAUCGCCGUGGCCAAGGGCAACACGCUGGUCUACGAGGCAGGGCUGUUGGGCCGGUACCCCGAGCAGGACAGUGAGCAGUUCCCGCUGCCUGAGUCGGUGCCUGUGUUCUGCCUGCCCAUGGGGGCCACCAUCGAGAGCUGGCCCACGGGCACCAAGUACCCCCUGCCCGUCUUCUCCACCUUCGUCCUCACCGGCGCCUCGGGGGACAAGGUGUACGGCGCUGCCAUCCAGUUCCACGAGGCGUUCCCGCGGGAGCGGCUGUCGGAGGGGCAGGCGCUGCGCCUGGGGCUGCUCAGCGUGGUGGACAAGCGGCCAGUGCCAGGCCGGUCCCUGCACACCCGCAAGAGCAUCUGCGUCCUGUCCCACUGGCCCUUCUUCGACGUCUUCCGCAAGUUCCUCAUGUUCAUCUACCGCUACUCCAUCUCCGGCCCCCACGUGCUGCCCCUGGAGACGCACAUCUCCCACUUCAUGCACAACGUGCCCUUCCCGUCCCCACAGCGCCCGCGGAUCCUGGUCCAGAUGUCCCCCUAUGACAGCCUCCUACUGUGCCGGCCCGUGUCGUCCCCACUGCCGCUCAGUGGGGCCAGUUUCCUGACGCUGCUACAGAACCUGGGCCCCGACAAUGCUGUGGCCCUGCUGGUGGCCGUGCUCACUGAGCAGAAGCUGCUCAUCCACUCGCUGCGCCCCGACGUGCUGACCAGCGUGGGAGAGGCCCUGGUGGCGAUGAUCUUCCCCCUGCGCUGGCAGUGCCCCUACAUCCCGCUGUGCCCGCUGGCGCUGGCUGACGUGCUGUGUGCCCCCGUGCCCUUCAUUGUAGGCAUCCACUCCAGCUACUUCGACCUCUACGAGCCCCCCCGCGACGUCAUCUUCGUCGACCUGGACACCAACACCAUCUUCCAGAGUGAGGAGCGGAAGCUGCUGCCGCCCCGUGCGCUGCCCCGCCGGCCCUGCAAGGUGCUGCUGGCCACCCUGCACAGCCUGGCCCAGCAACUAGACGAGCUGCUGAGCGCCCCGGACGAGGCACCCCCAGAGCUGGUGCUGAGCGCAGCAGAGGGUGUGGGGGCACGGCGGGCACAGCUGGAGCUGGAAGCGAGGGCGGCGUUCCUGCGCUUCAUGGCCUGUGCCCUGCGCGGGUACCGCUCCUUCCUGCGCCCCAUCGCCCCCGCACCCGCGCCUGCCGAGCGCGACGCCAGCAGCCUCUUCGCCCUCCAGGGGUUCCUGCGCUCCCGGGACCGGCAGUACCAGCGGUUCUACGGGCAGCUGCUGAAGACACAGCUCUUCACCCAAUUCAUCGAGGACUGUUCCUUCGCCAGUGACCGUGAGCCCUGUCUCGAGUUCUUUGACACCUGCGUCGACAAGGUGCAGGCAGACCUGGAGAAGCCGGAGGACACCCCCCUGAUGGAGCUGGAUGACCCCCGGGGCGGGGAGCACACGGUGUUCAUCACCCCCCCAGAGCAGCCGGCGGGACCAGAUGGGGCCGAGCCCCCGGCACGGUACAGGUACGACGGGUUCCCCACCCUGUGCCCGGAGCUGCUGGAGCCCCCCCGGGACCCACUGGUGGCUCAGCUGUGCCAGGCCCGGAGCAGCGCCCCGAGCAGCCCCGCCCCUCGCAGGACCAAACAGGAGAUGAAGGUGGCGCAGCGGGUGGCUCAGAAGUCGUCGGCGGUGCCGGAGCUGUGGGCGCGGUGCCUACUGGGCCACUGCUAUGGCCUCUGGUUCCUGUACCUGCCCACCCACGUGCGCGCUGCCCCCGCCAAGCUCGGCGCCCUCCAGCUCGCCUAUGACGUCCUGCGCCAGAUGGAGCAGCACAAGGUGGUGCUGCCCGACGAGGUGUGUUACCGCAUCCUGAUGCAGCUGUGUGGGCAGUACGGGGAGCCCGUGCUGUCCGUGCGUGUCCUGCUCGAGAUGAAACGUGCCGGCAUCGUCCCCAACACCGUCACCUACGGCUACUACAAUAAGGCAGUGCUGGAGAGCAAGUGGCCGGCGGGGACGCAGGGAGGGCGGCUGCGCUGGGCCAAGCUCCGGAACGUGGUGCUGGGGGCAGCCCAGUUCCGGCAGCCCCUGCGGCAGCGGGAGCGGCAGAGCAGCAACGGGGACCCUCGGGGUGACCGAGCCCCUCUCCCUCCACGCCCCCCCCCUGCAGCGUCAGACCACCUGGGCGGGGCGCAGCCUGCGGGACACCCUCCCGGCCACCCGGCUGGUGAAGAGCGGCAGCCUCAGCUUCCCCCGCAACGAGGGGGGGGUCCGGGGGGAGCCCGGGGAGCCCCCCCUGAUCCCCACAGCCCCCACCCCGCCCUCGGGGCCCCCCCGGUCGCGGGGCCCCCCCAGCUCUGCCGACGGGAGCCUGUCUGACAUCAGCUUCCACACGGACGAGAGCGACCCCCGGAGGGACGAGGGGGGGCCCGGGGGGGGACCCGGGGGCGGGGGCGGCACCCCGCGGC